AUGCUCACCUCCGGUUUCACCAACACCCCGCUCACCAAGUCCCUCCUAAUCUACACCAUCGCCUCCUCAAUCGCCCUCUCAAUCCUCGACAUCAAACACCUCGCUUCAAUUCAUGUCUCACCACAUUUCUGGCCAUAUGCGCAAUUCUGGCGCGCGCUCUUCUGGCAAAUAGCCGGAUUCACAAACUCCACUGAAGCCUUAUUCGCCGCAAUGCUGGUAUACCAUCUACGCGUCGUAGAGCGGGCAUGGGGAAAGCGAAAGAUGGCCACAUUCCUCAUCACAACACUUCCCUACACUACUCUCCUCCCACCCCUCCUCUUAACACUAGUCGCCCGCCCACUCUCUCUCAACUAUUUCAACUAUCUUCCCUCCGGGCCAACAGCCACUAUCUUUGCUAUGCUAGCUCAGUACCAUGCGACAAUUCCAUGCGUAUACCGUUACCGCAUUGCCCCAACACCUAAACCAACACCAAAGGGGCUAACUCUUCUCCUCUCCGAUAAAUCAACUACCUACCUUGUCGCGGCACAACUCGCCCUAUCCCAGUUCCCAGCUAUGCUUCUCCCGUCUGCCGUCGGCUGGAUCGUCGGAGUGGCCUGGCGCGCAGAGCUACUGCCGGGUUUAUCUCCAUCCGCUACAGGUUUCCGUGUCCCAGCGUGGAUUGUCGGAGAACGGGAACGGAGGAGUGGGGCUGGGACUGGCAGUGCGGCGGAGCGGGAACGGUAUGAGGAUCUGAGGAGGAGGUUGGAGGGUGAAGCAGCUGCUUCUAGUUCGGGGCUUGAGGGUGGUUCUGGGCGGAGGAGGAAUGUUGGAGAUGGAGAAGAGGGAAGUCGGCAGGGCAAUGGAGGAUUUAUGGAGAGGUUGAGGGGGGCUUGGUAA